AUGGUGCUCGGGUUUCUCCAAACUAGAACAAACACAUCGGGACUCAAGGGCAAGUCGCUCCGCAUGGCCAUCACCGCCACUGCCGUGUGUGGGUUCUCGCUUUUCGGCUACGACCAAGGUCUCAUGUCGGGGUUGAUCUCAGCCGAUAAGUUCAACGAGGAAUUCCCCGCCACGCGAAACAACGGAACCAUUCAAGGCGCCGUGACCGCAUCCUACGAACUUGGCUGCUUUUUCGGCGCGUUGUUCGCCUUGAUUAAAGGUGAACGUACCGGACGACGCCCACUUGUUCUCGUGGGGUCCGUAUUGAUCAUCAUUGGCGCCAUCAUUUCGGCAACUCCCGUGAGGCCGCAUUGGCCAUUGGGACAAUUCGUCGUUGGGCGAGUCGUCACUGGCCUCGGCAAUGGGCUCAACACGGCCACGAUCCCAGUUUGGCAGUCGGAAAUGUCGCGUGCUGAAAACCGGGGGUUUUUGGUGAAUAUGGAAGGUGCCUUCAUUGCCGUAGGCACAUUUGUCGCUUACUGGGUCGAUUUCGGGUUUUCCUACACUAACACCUCGGUGCUUUGGAGGUUCCCCGUGGCGUUCCAAUGCUUCUUUGCCGUGUUUGUCUUUCUCGGCAUGUGGGGCUUGCCGGAGUCUCCCCGGUGGUUGAUCAAGAAUGGCCACGAAGCCGACGCCAAUAUCGUCUUGGCGGCAAUGAAGGGGGUCGCCGUUGACGAUGACGCCGUUGUAGCUGAAGCCUCGGUAAUUCUCGACUCCGUCAAGCGAUUCUCUAGAAUUGCCAAAGGCGGCAUCUCCCAGUUGUUCACCGGAGGUAAGACGGCCCACUGGCAAAGAAUGACCAUUGGUGCCAGUGCCCAGUUUUUCCAGCAAUUGACAGGGUGCAAUGCCGCGAUCUACUACUCCACGUUGCUUUUCUACCAAACCAUCUUUGACUAUUCGCAGUACAGAUUAUCAAUGAUCUUGGGUGGUGUUUUCGCUACAAUCUACGCCCUUGCCACCAUCCCCUCGUUUUUCCUUAUUGACAGCUUGGGACGCAGGAACUUGUUCCUUAUUGGUGCCGCAGGUCAAGGUGUCGCGUUCACCAUUUCCUUUGCGUGCUUAGUCAACCCCACCCCGGAAAACGCCAAAGGUGCCGCCGUUGGAAUCUUUUUGUUCAUUGUCUUUUUUGCAUUCACCAUUUUGCCCUUACCUUGGAUCUACCCACCCGAGAUCAACCCGUUAAAAACGAGAACUUAUGCCUCGGCCGUCUCGACAUGCACCAACUGGUUGAUGAAUUUCGCCGUGGUCAUGUUUGUGCCUCGCUUCCUCGAACAGUCCAAAUGGGGAUGCUACUUGUUCUUCGCCGCCGUGAAUUUCGCUUUCAUCCCCGUGAUUUUCUUCUUCUACCCUGAAACAGCAGGGAGAUCAUUGGAGGAAAUCGACAUCAUCUUUGCUAAGGCCUACGUGGAAAAGAGACAGCCUUGGAGAGUCGCCGCUACGACGCCCAAGAUGGAUCAUGCGCAAAUCGAUGAGGCCGGUAGAGAGUUGGGAUUGUUUGAAGACGAUGAUGAUUUCGAAAAGGAGUGCGCUGAGACUAAGGAUGAUGUGAGUAGUAAUAGUAACGACGCUGCUGAACAACACAAGGAGGAGCUGAUGAUGACGAGCAAAGUUUAG